CUUUGGGAUUUGGGAAGUCUCUGGCAUAUUGUUUGGGCUUCGUAGUGCAAAGCUGUGUUUGCCGAGGCUGAAGUUCCUGUGGAUUACAGCGUGUUGUGUGUCCCGGUUUAAGGAUGGAAGUGCAGAACAGAGCGCUGACCUGUGUGAUCCCAGAGGAACGGGAGGUUCAGCAUUCGGUGGUUAAUGGGGUUCAACUUGUUGACGGCGGGGAGGAUGAAGUGCCCGUCUCCAAAUCCCAGAGGAGACGCAGUGACAUAAAAGUGUACAAGGAGUUCUGUGACUUUUAUGCACGAUUCAACAUGGCAAAUGCUCUGGCAAAUGCCAUCUGUGAGCGCUGCAAGAGUGGCUUUGAACCGGCUGAGAAGAUUGUGAACAGUAACGGCGAGCUGUACCAUGAGCAGUGCUUCGUGUGCGCACAGUGUUUCCAGCAGUUCCCAGAGGGUCUCUUCUACGAGUUUGAAGGGAGAAAAUACUGUGAGCAUGAUUUCCAGAUGCUGUUUGCCCCCUGUUGCCAUCAGUGUGGCGAGUUCAUCAUUGGUCGUGUGAUAAAGGCGAUGAACAAUAGUUGGCAUCCUGACUGCUUCUGCUGUGACAUCUGCCAACAAGUCCUUGCUGAUGUGGGCUUUGUGAAGAAUGCUGGCAGACACCUUUGUCGCCCUUGUCACAACCGUGAGAAAGCUAGAGGUCUGGGGAAGUACAUCUGUCAGAAGUGUCACGCCAUCAUUGACGAGCUGCCUUUGAUUUUCAAGAAUGACCCGUACCACCCGGAUCACUUCAACUGUACCAACUGCGGUAAGGAGCUGACUGCUGAUGCUCGUGAACUAAAAGGGGAGUUGUAUUGCCUGCCCUGCCAUGACAAGAUGGGAGUUCCCAUUUGUGGUGCCUGCCGAAGACCCAUUGAAGGGCGUGUGGUCAACGCCAUGGGCAAGCAGUGGCACGUGGAGCAUUUUGUGUGUGCUAAGUGUGAAAAGCCAUUCCUUGGCCACCGUCACUAUGAAAGGAAGGGAUUGGCUUAUUGUGAAACUCACUACAAUCAGCUGUUUGGUGACGUUUGCUACCACUGCAACCGUGUGAUUGAAGGAGAUGUUGUAUCUGCACUGAACAAGGCUUGGUGUGUAAACUGCUUUGCCUGUUCUACUUGCAACACCAAGCUGACACUCAAGGACAAAUUCGUUGAGAUUGAUCUAAAGCCGGUCUGCAAGCCCUGCUAUGAGAGAAUGCCUGAGGAGCUAAAGCGUCGGCUGGCCAAACGCGAAAGAGACUCCAAAGAAAAGAAAAAGAAAAUGCCAAUCUGUUUGAACAAGUUUGUGGAAUUUGACAUGAAACCGGUCUGCAAGAAAUGCUAUGAGAAGUUCCCGCUGGAGCUGAAGAAAAGACUAAAGAAGCUGGCUGAAACUGUUGGACGUAAAUAAACUGCAAGCUGUGCACUUUGCACAGUUCAGACGAGAACGCUAGACAUACUAAGCUUGAUUAGAACCAAAAUGUGUUUAAUACACACAGAAUCUGAAGGUUUGGAAAUGCAAAACUAUAUAUUCAUUGGAAAUAAAACUGAUGGAUUUAGUUUUAAAAUAAUUUUGAAAACAUCAAUGUCUGAAAAGAUAAGGAUAAUAGAUUUUCUCACAAUAUGAUCUUGUCAUUUAUACUGUACCUUUUUAGGAUUUUGUAUUUCACACCAAUGUAUUAACAAAAAAACACUUCGAUCUUAUCUAAGCCAAAUGUGUUACUUUACGUCUUUCUAUACUUUUUUUUUAAUGACAAUUCUACUCCAAUGCAUGAUUUGCAAAGUUAAUAUUAAUCCCUUUAGGGUUGUGGAGAAACGAAAACUUGUGCAACUAACAAGAACAUGGGAACUUGCGUUCUUCUAAAUUUAUGGAAUGCAUUUAUUAAUAGACAUUUAGUUUGUAAAACGCCCAAAGAAACUAUAUUUAAUGCUUUUUGUCCAAUUUGUAAUGUAGGUCUCGCUCCAUUUAUAAAACAUUUGUUAAUGUGGUUGACUACUAUUAACAAGGAAUACCUGUUUAUUACAAUCACAUUUUAAUGAUUCAUUACUAGUAUAGAGAGCAAUGCUUGGUUAUGUAUAAAUACCUUACAUUUUCUUGUAACAUUAUAUUGCUAUAGCCUCUUAUUAUGAAGAAAUGGCUAAUGUUUAUAACACUUUCAGGACACAGAACUAGAUGCAUUAUGGAUGGUUUAUAACAGAUUUGUAAACUUAGAUGUUACUGAUUUUAAUGCAGCGGUGCUUCCUUAAUUGUGCAAUAGUCAAGCCUAUUGGAAACUCACUAGCCCCCACACAGUGUAUGGGCAGCAUAGAAAGUGAGUGGGUGGGUCCGAAUACAUGACAAUUUUGACUCGAAAAUCUCAUGAUAAGAAACAAGCAAAAAAGUGAAGUUGUUAGAAAAUGGAUUUUCAAAGGCUUGAUUUUAAUAUGGCUUUUAAAAUGGACUGUUUCUAUUGGUACUGUUGUAUAGCCUGCUAUUUUCCCUGCAUGUUUAUUAUAAAUAUCUAUAUAUAUAUAUAUAUAUUUAUCUGUUAUAUCCUUUGUUUCUUGUUCCUUAUUUUUAUAAUAGCUGUCCAAUUAGCAAUAAUCUUUAACUAUGUAGUCCAAAUGCUAUGUUUUGACAUGUACCUUUGCGAGUUAGAUUUGUAUUUGGUGUUUUUUUUGUUGUUAAAAUCACACUGCCUUAAAUGUUAAACAACCUGAAGUGUCAGAUAAUUAGAAAACUAUGGUUAUUUUUGAAGUCAGCAUUUAUACAAGAAUUAAGAAAAUAUGUCAAGCAAGGGAUGGGAUGAAUAAAUAAAUGGAGAUGGCGUACACCUGUAGUGAAAACGGUGCUGAGGACUUCAAAAAAUCAUCUAUAUCAACUAUUGUUUACGUACUAUGGAACAAUGUUACAUUUCUAGAACAUUUCAAAUGGAUUUAUUUAUCAGAACAAAUCAUGAAAAAAUAUGGCACAGCCUAUUUCUUUGGUAGUAGUAAAUGGCAUUGUUAAUUACAAAAAGAAAUGCUGCAUAAUGUUGGUUUAAAGAAAAGUGUCACUCAAAGCCAUCCAACUUAAAAUUGUAUGUAAACUAAUCAUUGAAUCAAUUUUCUAGUAUCUUAUGUUAUUCACAGUGACAUAUUCCAGUAUUUAAUAAAAUCUAUACCAUCGAA